AUGAGGAGGGCUUCCUGCCUCCAGGUCCUGCUCCCACUGCUGCUGUGCGCUGCUGGGACACUGGAGUCUGCAGCCUGCGGGCAGCCUCGCGUGUCCAGUCGGAUCGUAGGGGGACAGGACGCCCGCGACGGGGAGUGGCCGUGGCAGGCGAGCAUCCAGCACCGCGGGGCGCACGUGUGCGGGGGUUCCCUCAUCGCCCCGAAGUGGGUACUGACGGCGGCGCACUGCUUCCCGAGGCUGGUGCUGCCAUCUGAGUACCGCGUGCGCCUGGGGGCGCUGCACCUGGGUCCUGCCUCGCCCCGCGCCCUCUCGGCCACCGUGCGGAGGGUACUGCUGCCCCCCGACUACUCCGAGGACGGGGGCCGCGGCGACCUGGCGCUGCUGCAGCUGCGCCGCCCGGUGCCCCUGAGCGCCCGAGUCCAGCCCGUCUGCCUGCCCGAGCCCGGGGCCCGCCCUCCCCCCGGCACACCGUGCUGGGUCACUGGCUGGGGCAGUCUCCACCCGGGAGUGCCACUCCCAGAGUGGCAACCUUUGCAGGGAGUCAGAGUGCCCCUGCUGGAUGCACGCGCUUGUGACCGCCUCUACCACGUGGGCACCAGUGUGCCCCACACUGAGCGCAUAGUGCUGCCCGGGAACCUGUGCGCCGGCUACAUCGAGGGCCACAAGGAUGCCUGCCAGGGUGACUCUGGGGGACCACUGACCUGUGUGAAGUCUGGGCGCUGGGUCCUGGUGGGUGUGGUGAGCUGGGGAAAGGGCUGUGCCCUGCCCAACCGUCCUGGUGUUUAUACCAACGUGGCCACUUACAGCCCCUGGAUUCAGGCUUGCCUCAGCCUCUGAUGUAGUGACACUGGCCUGGAGCCAGACGCUGGGGUCCCUCAGCCAGCUGGUUCAUCUCAGGACCUGCACAUCCCCCCAACCCUGCCCCUUCUGACUUGAGGCUCAGAGGCCUCAUAAAGCUAAGGGGCCAGCUGUCCAUCCAUCCGUCCUUUCCCUCCUCCUUGGGGCUCACAAAACCCCACCUGCCUAUCCUCCUCCAGGAACCUCCCAUGUGUCUGGGGGUCUCAGGCUCCCUCCCUCCCUCCCUCCCCUUCCUGUCCAUACUUAAUCGUUCUCAGCUCCGGCUGGGGCUGGGCCUGGGCUCCCAGAGACACCCGAGUGAGCUGGUGCUCGGUCUGGCCUGCGUGCCCUCUUCUUCUGGAGGAAGUCAGCGAGAUGCGAAGUGUGAGAGGGACUCAACACCAAGGAGAUGAUUCUUCGUUGCUAGCUUUGAAGAUGGAGCAGGCCACGUGGCAACGGACCGUGUGCAGCCUCCAGGAGCUGAGGGCAGUUCCAGCUGACAGCCCAGGGAAGGGAAACCUCAGUGCUACAACCGCACGGAACUGAUCCCGGCCAACAACCUGACCAAGCAGGGAAGCAAAUUCUUCCCCCAGGCUCCAGCUGAGAGCACCGCCAGGCCGAACCCUUGAUUUCAGCCUGGUGAGACCCUGAGCAGAGCGCCCAGCUGAGCCCCCAGACUUCUGGCCCAUAGA